AUGAAGAUCUUUGUGUGUUUGUUCGCCGCACUUGUUGCCACCAGUUCCGCAGGCAUCAUUGGUGGUGGUGGCGGCGGCGGCGGUGGAGGUUACAGUUAUGGCAUCGGCAGCGGCGGCGGCGGCGGUGGUGGUCAUGGUCAUGGACACACUGAGGUGCGCACCGUCAAGGUCAUUCACGAAGGCAGCUAUGGCGGUGGUCAUGGCGGCGGUUAUGGCGGCGGUUAUGGCGGUGGUCAUGGUCAUGGCGGACACGAGGUGAAGACCAUCAAAGUUGUUCACCAGGAAGCACCGGCUUAUCAUGGUCAUGGCGGUGGUGGCUCCAGCUAUGGUGGCCAUCAUCAGGAGGUGAAAACCAUUAAAGUCAUCCACCAGGAAGCGCCAGCUGUUCAUCACAGCUUUGGUGGUCACCAGGAGGUCAAGACUGUGAAGGUUAUUCACCAGGAUGGCGGCUAUGCUUUGGGCGGCGGCGGUUACACCGGCGGAUUCUCUCAUGGUGGUGGACACGACAUUGGCCACGCCCACCAAGAGAUCAAGACCGUUAAAGUUAUUCACGAGGAGGCACCAGUGGCUCAUCAUGGAUUCUCGCACGGAGGCGGUCACAGCUUUGGCGGUCACCAGGAGUUCAAGACUGUGAAGGUCAUUCACGAGGAUGGCGGCUACGCUCUGGGCGGCGGCGGCGGUGGUUACGCUGGUGGCUUCUCGCACGGCGGCGGCGACAUUGGCUACGGUGGCGGUCAUGACCAUCAAGAAGUGAAGACCGUCAAGGUUAUUCAUGAGGAGGCGCCAGCGGUUCAUCAAGACUUCUCGCACGGAGGUGGUCACCAGGAGGUCAAGACUGUCAAGGUUAUUCACGAGGAUGGCGGUUAUGCUUUGGGCGGCGGUGGCGGCUAUGCCGGUGGCUACUCCCAUGGCGGCGAUCAUGUCCAUGAGGAGGUGAAUACUGUCAAGGUCAUUCACGAAGAAGUCGCCCCAGCGCCCGUUGUCUCCCACAACGAGUACCUGCCCCCAGUUGCACCAGCUCCCCAGCCCGGUUACCUGCCCCCCGUCGGUGGCUGGAAGUAAUCCCCUCAACUGUGCCCAGUUGUUCUGUGAUUUGAACUGUGUCAUGACUGUGACCUCCUUUGUUAAAUAGUUUUAGUAGCC